GCGUGGGAGGAGUGGAUGGAAAUGAGGCUGGGCAGAGCACUCGCGCACCCUCCCUCCCCUCCCGUCGCUGGGCGCGCGCCGGGAGGUGCAGCUCCGCCGCGUCCGAGGGCAGCGCAGCAGCUGCAGCGGCCGCUGCGGGAGGGGCCCGGAGCCCCGCCCCCGGGGAGGGGCCUUCCGCAGGUCUCCCCUCUACCCUCCACGCUGCGGAUGAAAUUUAGCAACAAGAAGGAAGCAGUUCACGCGGCGUCCAUGGACGGAGACUAAACCGCGACUCCGGUAAAGCUACCUAUUGGAGGCCCUAUAGCCUAUCCCCAUCAGCCUGAUCAUCACCGGCGUGGCCUAGCUCCCUCUGGGUUCCUGGGCCAGCAAGAUGCUGGAACGAGAUGCGGAGUCUGCGGCCGGGGACACGGAUCCUAGUCCCACCGGCAAGGAACCUAUAACCAAAGGAGGAGCUCCCCACCAGGGCUCGCCGCAGAAGCCCAGCCAGUCGGUUCCCGGGCCUGCCACGUCCGCGGGGGCGCCUUCUCGACCUCGCCGGCGGCCCCCGCCCCAGCGCCCGCACCGCUGCCCCGACUGUGACAAGGCCUUCUCGUACCCGUCCAAGCUGGCCACGCACCGGCUGGCACAUGGCGGCGCCCGCCCGCAUCCGUGCCCCGAUUGCCCCAAGGCCUUCUCCUACCCCUCCAAGCUGGCAGCUCACCGCCUCACGCACAGUGGUGCCCGCCCACACCCGUGCCCACACUGCCCCAAAGCCUUUGGCCACCGCUCCAAGCUGGCCGCCCACCUCUGGACCCAUGCGCCUGCCCGCCCCUAUCCGUGCCCGGACUGCCCCAAGUCCUUCUGCUACCCCUCCAAGCUCGCAGCCCACCGCCACACCCACCACGCCACCGACGCCCGCCCCUAUCCUUGCCCGCACUGCCCCAAGGCUUUUUCCUUCCCCUCCAAACUGGCCGCCCAUCGCCUGUGUCAUGACCCCCCCACGGCGCCGGGCAGCCAGGCCACGGCCCGGCAUCGCUGCUCCAGCUGCGAUCAGGCCUUUGGCCAAAGACGCCUCCUGCUCCUUCACCAACGCAGCCACCACCAGGCUGAGAGCCAGGGGGAGCGCGAGUGAGCCCUCCCCUUGGCUCACAGCGCCCCCCUGCCGCCAGCCCAGGUCAAUGAAGAGGUGGCAUUUCUAAGCUGGGCUGUACGGACUUGCCUCUGCUCCACUCUGGGCUCAAACUUACCGGGCUGAGGACUUCUGCUCACCUGUUUGGGGGAGGGAAAGGUGUCACCCAUAGUUAGCACUGGGCCCCAAACUAUGGGUUUGGAGCUGUGGGUUGAAAUCAAGUCCUGGCUCCGGUUUUUUCCCUCCUAUUCAUAAGGCAAAAGUAAAAAGUCUGCUAGCACCGGGGGUUGGUGAGGAAUGUGGGGAAACAGGGUCUCUCCUUAUUGUGAGUUAAAUUGGUGCCUGCAUUUUGGCCGUUUUGACUGUAUCUAUAAAAAAUUUUAAAUGCACA